CGUCCAAAUACCCAACCAUACCUUUUCUUCUUCAACCCGUCCAAUACACGUAUACUUGUCUCUCACUUGCGGAUCUGGUAUCCAUUCAAACUCGCGCUCACCGACGUUCACCGAACAAAGACAUGCAAUCGGUAUAGCAUUGUGAAAAGCCGACUUAUCAACUUCUACCAUUGAGCCGGGGUUUGCAAUUAAGGCCACCAGGGUCAGAUAUCCAGACAUGGCUACUUUGGCAUCGCAUCUUGCCCCGAGCAAGAUCGUCUUCUAUGUUCUGUUCUGGGGAUUUCAUUGGGGUCUAUUUGCCAUCGGCUGGUGGAAACAAGCAUCAGACCCUCGAUUAGCUGGUCUCAAUAGCCUCACUUUCUCAGUAUGGUUCUCUCGAGGUGCUGGUCUUGUCCUGUCGGUCGAUAUCUUGAUGAUCCUCUUACCUAUGUGCCGGAAUCUCAUGCGGUUCAUUCGACCCAAGUUCAAGUGGCUUCCCCUUGACGAGACGCAAUGGUUCCAUCGGCAAGUGGCAUACGCCUUGUUGACUUUCACCAUCGUUCACGUUACCGCCCAUUAUGUCAACUUCUUCAACGUCGAAAAGAGUCAGAUUCGGCCGCAAACUGCCAUUCAGAUCCACUACACACAACCGGGUGGCAUCACAGGCCACAUCAUGCUUCUAUGCAUGCUUCUCAUGUACACCACGGCCCACCACAAGAUCCGACAACAGUCCUUCGAAACCUUCUGGUAUACCCAUCAUCUCUUCAUUCCUUUCCUCCUGGCUAUGUACACCCACGCCGUCGGCUGCUUCGUCCGUGACACAGCAGAUCCAUUUUCUCCCUUUGCUGGAAAACUUUUCUGGACUCACUGCAUUGGUUACGAAGGAUGGCGGUGGGAACUUUUCGGAGGCGGCCUUUAUUUGAUUGAACGUCUCUAUCGGGAAAUCCGCGCCAGAAGAGAUACCAAGAUCUACAAGGUCAUUCGUCACCCGUACGACGCCAUGGAGAUCCAAUUCCAGAAGCCUAGCAUGAAGUACAAGGCCGGCCAGUGGCUGUUCAUCAACGUGCCAGGCGUCUCCAGCCAGCAGUGGCACCCCUUUACCAUCACAUCCUGUCCCUUUGAUCCAUACAUUUCCAUCCACGUCCGUCAAGUCGGGGAUUGGACCAAGUCACUCGGUGACGCCCUCGGAUGCGGCCCUGCCCAAGCCAAAGAAUUUGGCGACCUAGACAGCAAUGGUAUUUACGAGAUCGCUCUUAAAUCAGGUCAAGAAAUGCCCGCGAUCCGCAUCGACGGGCCGUAUGGCGCUCCCGCCGAGGACGUAUUCGACAACGAAAUCGCGGUGUUGAUCGGCACAGGUAUCGGUGUCACGCCCUGGGCCUCGGUGCUCAAGCACAUCUACAACAUUCGUGCAGGACCCAACCCGCCACGUCGGCUCAAGCGCGUCGAAUUCCUCUGGGUCACCCGCAGCAUCGAGUCUUUCGAGUGGUUCCAGACUCUGCUUUCGUCGCUUGAGGAACAAUCUGCCGCCGCCGCCCAGUCUGUAGGCGGGCCCGAGUUCCUCCGGAUUCACACGUACUUGACGCAGAAGGUCGACGCCAACACCGCGGCCAACAUUUAUCUGAAUACCGUGGGCAACGCGGUCGAUCCCUUGACUGAGCUGCGCACAAAGACGCAAUACGGUCGACCGGACUUUAAGCGUCUGUUUGGCGCGAUGAGAGAUGGCCUCAUGGACCAGACGUACAUGGAUGUUGGCAAGGAGGCGAGCCUUACUGCACAGAUGAAGGCUACUGUCGGUGUGUACUUUUGCGGUCCUGGCGCCGCGGCACGCGAGAUCAAGGACGCGUGUAGCUUCACGAGCAAUGAUUUGGUCAAGUUCCGGUUCUGGAAGGAGCAUUUCUAGACCAUACUUGCAACGUCCACGGUCAAUGCCGUCCACGGUCAAACGGUUGUAUGUAUUUUGCCGCGUUUUUGGCAUGUACAGGCCUGGAGGUUGGAGUUUGAUGUGUUGAGAUCUUUUUUUCAUUGAAGCCAGAUACCAAAGACCAAGUGAGCGGGCGUGUUUGUACUAACAGCAUUCUUACGACAUGGGACUACCUGGAAUGAUUCUUGAGACAGGUCAGAUAGCUACCUAGCUGUGAUAGCCAGCUGAAUAUAAAAAAAACUU